AUGAGCAUCACAACAACAGAUACCUUCCAUACAGUCACAACUAUUCUACCUUAUUCUACUAACAAAAUGGUUGCGAAGUUUGCCUUCCUUUUCGCCCUUGUGGCAGCAGUCAGUGCCUCGGAUUAUUCCGCCUUCUCUUAUGGCGUUGCCGAUCCUUACACCGGUGACUACAAGAGUCAGAUUGAAAGCCGCGCUGGUGACAAUGUACAAGGCCAAUACUCUCUCCUUGACGCUGAUGGAACCCGCAGGACUGUCGACUACACCGCCGGUGCUGAAGGCUUCAAUGCUAAUGUCAGGAAAGACCCCGCUCUGAUCCCGGCUGCUCCUUUUGCCUACACCACUCUUCCCUACGGAUACACCUUACCUUACAGCUACGGUAACUUCGCUGGCUAUGGCGGCUUCGGAUACGCUGCUCCUUUUGCCUACAGACGGUUCUACUGA